AUGGUGAGACCUAAAGAUAAAUUUUGGGAACAUGUAGAGCAACGUGGUUUGGGCCGUUUCACAUGUAACUAUUGUGGACUUAAUUAUUCCAGGAGUGUUUCACGAGUGAAGGCUCAUUUAGCUUGUCAACCUGGACAUGAUGUUCAAAUUUGCACCCAAGUUCCUGAGCACAUUCAAGCUGAUGCCCUGAAAAAAUUUAAUUUGAGUAGAUCUGCUAAGAAAAGAAUGAGUGAUUCUCUUGAAAGUGGAAUGGGUUCCACAAGUAGCACACCUUCUAUGCCUCAUGUUAGGGUUGCAUAUCAACCCACAAUGCUAGAGAUGGCUGCUAAGGAAGACAAGAAAUCAUUGGACAUGUUGGUAACUGAUUUUUUUGUCAAUAAUAACAUUUCCUUCAAUGUUAUUCAAACAAAUUCUUUUAUUGAGAUGCUAAGGGGUGCAUGUGUUUAUGGUACAAAUUAUGUUGUACCUAGUUAUAACAAUCUUCGGACCAGUUUGAUUCCUGGAAAAAAAGCAGAAAUCAUGCAAUAUGUUAGCAGUAUAAAGGCGACAUGGGGUAUCACAGGUUGCACAAUUAUGUCUGAUUCUUGGACUGACAUAAAGAAGAGGUCAUGGGUUAAUGUGAUUGCUUACUCUCCUGGGGGUGUUGUAUUUUUGAAAUGUAUUGAGUGCGGUAUAAAUAGAUUAACUUCCACAUUUCUUUUCAAUGAAAUUUCUGAUGUCAUUGAAAAAGUUGAACCAAACAAUGUUGUGCAAUUUAUUUCAGAUAAUGAUAUUCACAAGAAAAUUAAAUGGGUGAGGGAAAUUAUAGAAGAUGGGAAACUUGUAGUGGAUUAUAUUCACAGGCACACAGGUAUUGUAGCAUUGAUGAGGAAAUUCACCAACAAUAGAGAUAUCAAGCAGCCUUGCAAGACAAGGUUUGGUACUUAUUUUUUUAUGUUGCAGUCUCUUAUUGUUGUUGAGAAUGAGUUGAGGCUUUUUAUUGCAUCAUCUGAGUGGAGAGCCUUUCAAUUCAAUAGAGCUGAAAUGGCAGUGAGAACUGUUGGAAUAAUUCAAUCAGAUACAUUUUGGGAGGGGGCAAAGGAAGUUGUUGCUUUUAUGGAGCCACUUAUUCGUAUUUUUCGCCUUGUUGAUUCAGAUGGUUCUACUGCAGGUUACUUAUAUGAAGCAACAAAAAGGGCAAAAGAAACAUUGAGAAAAUUUGUGAAGAAUGAUGGAGGGAAGUAUUUAGCUAUAAUGGACUUGUUUCAAUUUAGGUUAGAGAAGAACAUUAUUCAUCAUGUUCAUGUCUUUGGUGCACUUUUGAAUCCUUCCAUUAUGUUUGGUGGUCGACUUGAUAUUGAUGGAACUAAAUUUAUGAAUGCACAAGAAUUUAUUAUGAACAUCAUAGUUGCUUUAAAAGAUCGUGAGCAAUUCAUGCAAGAAGUCAUUGAUUAUCGCAUGAAAAGUCCAUUGUUGUUCAAUAUGACAGGGCAGACAAUGAUGAAAACUAACCAUCCAAGGAUUUGGUGGCAAUUUGUUGGUAGUGCAUUUCCUGUGCUUCAAAAUAUUGCUUGUAGAAUCUUGAGCCAGCCCUGUAGUUCCUCUCCUUACAAUCUUGGUGACUUACCUAUAGUAGACUUUGAGCUUGAAAUGGAGAGGCUUGAGCAAACAUACGAGGAACCUGAACCAUCUGACACUGGAGCUGAUGGAGGAUCUACUUCAUAUAGUUUAAUGCCUUCUCAUUGA